AUGGAUAGCAUUCGAGAAAGACUGUUACAAUUAGACUAGCAAGCCUAACAAUUCUAACAAUAAAAUAAAUAUUUAGAAGCUUUAAAUGUUUUUGAGGAGAUGCUGAUGAUAAAAAAGUCUGCUUAUGGUGAGGAUUCAGAAGAAUAUUUCAAAACUAGUGAUAAAUUGUGUGAAUUAUGUAACUUAAUAGCUAUGAUUUUCUUACAAAAAGAAAAAUUUGAUGCUUCAUUAGAGUUUUUAAAGAAGGCAGACCUAUUAGCAUAAUCUAGUACUAGAUAUAAGUAUUGAUGUCUUAAUAUUUAUUCUUUUUUAUUAGAGCUAUAACCUACAACAAUUUAGCUUGUUUCUACAGAAGAAAUGGGAAACUCAGAAGUGCUCUAUAAUAUUUGUAAUAAGCAUUGGAAAUAGAAAUUAGGCAGGAAACCGCACCAUCUUUGGCUGAUACCCAUUUAAAUAUGUGUGCUGUGCUAUCAUAAUUAAAUAGAGUAAGGAAUGUUAUAUAAUAGCACGCUGAAGCAUUGGAACAUGCUUUGAUAUCUGUAGUAUUAUUAUAAGAUGAAUUUUUAAUGAAACCUUCAGAUUAAAAAAUGGAACAAAGUUAAAAUUAGGAUUAAAAAUCAGGAGAACAAAAGAUGAAGGAUAGAGUUGCAGUUUUGGCAAUAGCUUAUCAUAAUUUAGGUGUUGAAUUUGAAUAUUUGAAGAGAUUCGAUGAGGCAAUUUAAACAUAUUAAAAAGCAGUCAGAUUUGGUGAGCUACACCUCCCAUCAGAUCAUUAAUUAGUAAAACUACAUUAGACAAUUUUAGAUUGGAAACUUAAAGAAUGUCUUAGGAAAUGCUCAAGAAUAAAUUAACUAAUAAAGAGCAAAAGAUAGCAAUAAAAGAUAAUAGAAGGAGUUAUAAAGUAGAAAUCAAAAUAAAAGAAAAUUGGUAGAAGUUGAAGCCACAUACAAAUAGAAUAGUAAAAAGAAGACUGAAAAAGGUGGUUAGCAAUAAUAAUAACAAUAAGUAAUGGGUUAGACUAUGCGUUCAAAUCCAUAGAAUAAUAGUGUCAAUAUAAGAGAAGAUGAUUAAGAAUAAUAAGGUGGUGGACAAUAAGAAUCGAGUUAUAACGAUCAUGAUGAAUUGCAAUAAGAAGCUUAAAUAUAAUUAUAAUAGCAAUAAUAAUAUUGA